AUGGAUCGUUUUGCAUGUUACGCCUGUUCCUGUCUUAACAUCACUGUCUUUAUAGUGACAGAAUCUGUCGAAGCAAUGUCUCGACAGAUGCCUGCCAUGAUGGCCAGUAUAGAUAUACCGCUGACUGGAAACUAUGUUAAGCUGAGAGAGUUUCAGCCUAUCUGUGCUGUCUAUCCCUUGUUCCGAUCCACCAUUGCUGGUUUGGACCGAAUCGUUAGAGUGACAUGUCUUAAUUGCCAGACUCUUGUUCUUUUUUUCUCUGUAGUUCAAGAAGAGGAUCAACUUGUCAGACUGCAGCACCAACGACGUCAAUCUGCUUCACAGUUAUGGCUAGAGCCGUUGCUCCCCGAAGACAACAUUGUGAUUUUGGGUGAUGGCAUGAUUCCUGAUCACGAGAUUGAAAAGGCUAAACUAGAUCCUUUUUACUCCCAUGGAUUUCAUAUUAUUAUCGACAGCUCUAGAUUUUCAUCUCGUGCUGCUCUUGAUUGCUUAGAGAAGCUUUCGCUUGAUGCUUGUUCAGAUCCCAGAGUUUCCAGGCAGCUAGAUUCAGCGUCAAAUGCAUAUACCAAUGAAUGUCUAGCUGAUGGUGAGGCACGCAUCUCAGCAUUUCGUGAUACAGUCUAUGCAGAAUUGGAGGAACAGAAGCGCCAAACUUUAAAUCAAAAGAAUAUUUUGCUUCGCCAAUAUACGGUUUCAAAGGCGUUACUGAUGGACAGUGGCCUUUCCUUUUCACCUGUAUUUGCGCAAUCAUCGCUUCAAGAUUCAAUAAGUGCGUUGCAAUCAAUAGACAGCCCUCAUUCCCAAGAGACUAUGCCAAAGUCUGAUGUAGUUGAAGGCAAAAUAGGAUCUCCAAUUGACCCCAAAGCAUCAUCGUUUAGCACUUCAUCAGCCAUAUCAGAUGGUCUAAAUGCAUCAUCUCAAAGCCAGACACAAGCCCGUUCUCCUGAUACAGAAUCGACUUUUAAAACAAAAGCAUCUGAUCUUGUGUCUGACCCUAAUGCAGUUUCUGGGUCAUGGCGGCCCCCUCUUCCAGAUUCUUCUGGUUUUCCUGGGACAUCAAUACAAACAGAUCAAGUACUGGCUAUUGAAAAUGAUGAUCAAGACGAAGAUCUUUUUGAGAUGGAAGGCGUCGCAGCACGACCUGUCACAAAAUACACACUCCCUGCUGAUAGAAAAGUCAAUAUCAUUCAUUCUAAUUAUCGAUGGAGGCAUCGCCAGCAAGGACCAUCGAAUAUGUCCAUAUCACUCCCAAUUAAAACACCAAACUAUGUACAACUUUCUCAGCAAGAUCUGGAUUUAAUAUCUGAAGAAAAAGCAGUCGCAGAGCUAGCGCAUCUUGAAAACAAAGGAGUUGUUGAUGGUGUUGCAAGGGAUAGCAGUUCAAUUCACCAGUCAAACUCAGAACACACAUCAACUCAGCAGGAAUCUAAUGAAGAGAGUGAUUGCGAUGAAUCAGAAGUAGCACCAGCCUUUGAACCACCGCAUAUUUUGUCUGCGCGGACCUAUGCUGCAGAUUCUUUUCUAAGCUCAAGACCUUUUACCCGCAAGUUCUCUGCCUUGUGA